AUGGAACUGCCACAAGGUUUGGUAGUAGACAGUGGACAUCAGACAACUGAAUCAACAAUAUAUGUGAUAGUGUAUGCAGAUGAUGUGAUACUGACAGAAACAAACAAAGAGGAGAUAGAGGAACUGAAGGCAUUCCUACAUGAAAGUUUCAAAAUUAAAGACUUGGGUAAACUCCAUUAUUUUCUGGGCCUUGAAAUAUUCUAUAAAGCUGAUGGAGUUGUAAUUUCACAAAGAAAGUUUGUGCUUGAUCUCCUGAAAGAGUACAACUGCAUGGAUUAUAGUAGCCUUGCCUCACAACUUGAUCCAGCAGUGAACUUGAAAGCUAAAGAGGGGACUGCAUUAACUGAUCCCACCUAUUACAGAAAAUUGAUUAGAAAAUUAAAUUUUCUCACCAGCACAAGGAUAGACAUAGCCUAUAGUGUAUAA